UGCCGCAGCGUCUAUAAAACGAACACAAAACAAGCGAUAGCGGCUGCGGCAGCGGUAACAAUAGCAAAACGAACAUAUUUCAUGCGGUAGCGGCAGCGGUAGCGGCAGCAGUAGCAGCAGCGGUAGCGGCAACAAAACGAACAACAACCUGCGAUAAUGUUUACCGCAGCCGCAGACGCUACCGCUGCCGCUGCCGCUUGCGACAAUGAAACGAACAGCACCAAUAACAAAAUAAAAUAACAUCACAUCGUCACAAAUAUAUAUAUUCAUCGACCGUACCAACCAAGCAUCUCCUCUCUCAUGAGCUAUGGCCGGAGAAGACCCUAAAGCAACUCCGUCAUUACCGGACUAUAAACCUUUACCUUCAACAUCAAGUCACGAUCCAAACGACACCGUUCUAAUCUCAUCAUCAUCAUCAUCAUAUCUUUCUUCUACCUCACGACGCCGUUUCGUCAUCUCUGUAUUUCUCAUAUCUUUCGCCUCGAUCCUCAUCUACAUCUUCUGGCCGUCCGAUCCACGCAUCAAGAUCGAACGUGUCAAGAUUUCCCACGUGCGCGUUCACCGCCGUCCGGUUCCGUCUAUCGACAUGACGGUGCUCGUCACGCUUAAGGUAUCCAACGCUGACGUGUACUCUUUCGACUUCACGGACCUUGACGUCGCCGUUGACUACAGAGGGAAGACGUUAGGUCACGUGAGCUCCGAUGGCGGGCACGUGACGGCUUUUGGUACUUCUUACCUUGACGCGGAGGCGGAGCUUGAGGGCGUCACGGUGUUUCCUGACGUCAUUCACUUGAUUCACGAUUUGGCUAAAGGCUCCGUUGAGUUUGACACCGUUACGGAUACUAACGGAAAACUUGGCGUUUGGUUCUUCCGUUUCCCUUUAAAGGCAAAAGUGGCAUGUGGGAUUGAAGUAAAUACAGUUAAUCAGACAAUAUCUCGUCAAAGUUGUAGUCCUGUCUAAUUCAAGAGACAUCAUCAUUAUGAUAUUCUUUUUGUAUUCAGAUCUUUUUUUUUUUUU